AUGGAUGCAUUUUGCAGGUUAAGCUGUUUCUGCUUAGCAGUGAUUUUGGUGGCAAGGGCUGGUCAUGGAGCAGAAGUCACUUAUGAUGGAAGAUCACUGAUAAUUGAUGGGCAAAGAAAACUUCUGUUUUCUGGUUCAAUUCAUUACCCUCGAAGCACCCCUGAUAUGUGGCCAUCUUUAAUAUCAAAGGCCAAAUUUGGUGGACUGGAUGUGAUUGAAUCCUAUGUGUUUUGGAACCUUCAUGAGCCCCAACCUGGACAGUAUGAUUUCAGUGGGAGACUUGAUAUAGUGAGAUUCAUCAAGGAAAUUCAAGCUCAAGGUCUCUAUGCAUGCAUUCGGAUUGGACCCUUCAUUGAGAGUGAAUGGACAUAUGGAGGUCUUCCAUUUUGGUUGCAUGAUGUUCCAGGAAUCGUUUUUCGAUCUGAUAAUGAGCCCUUUAAGUUUUAUAUGCAAAACUUCACAACCAAAAUUGUCAGCUUGUUCAAAUCAGAAGGACUAUAUGCUCCACAAGGAGGGCCUAUCAUUCUUCAACAGAUUGAGAACGAGUACCAAAAUGUGGAGAAAGGUUUUGGUGACAAAGGUCCCCCUUAUGUUCGAUGGGCAGCAGCCAUGGCCGUGGGACUUCAAACUGGUGUCCCAUGGGUAAUGUGCAAGCAAGAUGAUGCUCCCGAUCCCGUGAUAAAUGCGUGUAAUGGAAGGACAUGUGGAGUGACAUUCGUAGGGCCUAAUUCGCCUAACAAACCAGCACUCUGGACAGAGAACUGGACAAGUUUGAAGAACGGAAGCUUUAUAAACUACUACAUGUAUCAUGGAGGCACCAAUUUUGGCAGGACAGCGUCAUCAUACAUAAUCACAAGUUAUUAUGAUCAAGCUCCUCUUGAUGAAUAUGGUUUUCUAAGCCAACCAAAAUGGGGUCAUCUCAAGGAUUUACAUGCAGCGAUAAAGCUAUGCUCACAUACAAUACUCUCAGGAGUAACAACUAUAUCAACAUUGGGUCAGCAGCAGGAAGCCUACAUAUACAAUGGAGAAUCAGGAGAAUGUGCAGCUUUACUUGUGAACAAUGACAAUGCAAAAACAGUGGUGGUGCAAUUUCAGAAUUCUUCUUAUGAACUACCUUCAACAUCAAUCAGCAUUUUACCCGAUUGCAAGAAUGUAGCCUUCAAUACCGCCAAGGUAACCGCUCAAUGUAACGAGAGAUUGAUUUUACCAAAAUUGAAGUUUGACUCAGCCGACCAAUGGAGUGAAUUCAAAGAAGUUGUUCCCACAUUUGAAGAGACCACACUGAGGUCAAACUCAUUGUUAGAGCACAUGAAUACUACAAAGGACAGAUCCGAUUACCUCUGGUAUACUGUCAGUGUUGAUUCAUCAGAAACUCAGCCAGUACUCAGUGUAGACUCUUUGGGACAUGUUUUACAUGCAUUUGUAAAUGGAGCACCUGCAGGUUCUGCACAUGGAACUCAUAAUAAUCCAUCUUUUACACUAGAAAGAACUAUCAAUUUAAGUCAAGGGUUGAACAAUAUCUCCUUACUCAGUGCAACAGUUGGAUUACCGGAUUCAGGGGCAUAUCUUGAGCGCAGGGCUCUCGGAUUGCAGAGAGUUACUAUAGAAGACAAACAAGGGACCAAGGACCUUAGCAAUUCUUCCUGGGGAUAUCAGGUGGGAUGGCUGGAAGAAUCAAGUGCAGCUCAGUGGAGCAAAUUUGGUGCUUCUCCUCAACCACUAACAUGGUACAAGGUUCUGUUUGAUGCUCCUGAGGGUGAUGAUCCCUUAUCAUUAAAUCUUGGCUCCAUGGGGAAAGGUGAAGCAUGGAUCAAUGGGCAGAGUAUAGGUAGAUACUGGGUCUCAUUCCUCACAGCUGAUGGCUCUCCCUCACAGACCUGGUACCAUAUACCAAGAUCCUUUCUUCAACCCAAAGGCAACCAGUUGGUCUUGUUUGAAGAAGAAUCUGGGAACCCGCUUCAAAUUACAAUUGGCUCUGUGUCAAGGAAUAAAGUAUGCACACUGGUAUCAAAUUCGAAUUUGCUGCAUGUAAAUUCAUGGAAGAAUCAUAAAAGAAACUCAUGAAAGCAUGAGAAACACUUCGAUAGAAGACAAAGAGUUCAGCUGCAGUGUCCAGGCAUUACCAAACCUUUAUUGGUUAAUGCACAAUGCUCAUGAGGAUGAGCAACUCAAUAUUCAUGUCUUAGAAGAGCACUAGCUUAUAGAAAAACAUACACAUAUAUGCAUACACAUGAAUCACAUACACAAGUUUCUGCCUGAAAUACAGACUUGUUCUGU